CGGAUCCCCUAGAUUGCGCACGUGAUAACCGGAUCGUCAGAUCGCGCCUCCUUCAGUGCGACGCGUUUACACGGUUCUGCGAAUCAUUGGGAUAAACGCGAGGGUGAAGACGGAUAAAGGAGGAACGUUGUCUCGUCGAUGAAUCAAGAUUGUCUUUUUGGUUUUCCGUGUUACUUCGUGCUAUUAGUUUCUCUCGAUUGAUGAAUGAAAAUUGAUAAAUUCCCGGAAGAUUGGAAUGUAUAUACGUUCGUGUAUUUAUUUAGCCUCGUGUAUCGCGUUCCAUCGCACACCCUACCCACCUCGUUGCUAAUUUAACAUCGUAGGUGUUAUCGGAAAAAUCAAUUUCCACCCACGGUGUGCACGCGUUUUGCGGCGACGCUACGGAACGAAACAAUUAUGACAAACAUCGCACAUUGUUGCUCGUCACGAAUGCAUGUCGUCGCGUAACAAUGUGAGUGUUAGAAAUUUCGACGCGUCAAAUCUCGAGAAAUUUGAUAUGUCAUUCCUGAUAUCCCGGAAUGUGGUUGCGGGUUUUUGUGUGUACGAAGGUGGAGGUGUCAGUGAACUCUCUUAUGUUUCACAAGGGAUACAGCAGUUCAGUUAAUAAUAACACUUUCAACGAUGGAUUACGAUUAUAUGCCCUUUCACAGAGAGAAAGACUUUCAUAAUAGAUGUUGUGGUGGAAAACUCUGGUGCAUCAAGGAUAUAUGUGGCAUUAUAUGUGCAGUAUUAACAUGGCUACUGAUAAUUUAUGCAGAAUUUGUAGUAAUGGCAGUGAUUCUUAUUCCUACCAUAAAUACAUUAUAUUCCAGCCUAAAUAUGGCCAUUUUUCAGUCUCUAGCAUUUUUGGCUUUUGCAUCACAUUUAAGAACCAUGUUUACAGAUCCGGGUGCAGUACCAAAAGGUAAUGCAACAAAAGAGAUGAUACAACAAAUGGGAUUUAGAGACGGACAAGUUAUCUUUAAGUGUCCAAAAUGUUGUUCUAUCAAGCCUGACAGAGCACAUCAUUGCUCCGUUUGCCAAAGGUGUAUUAGAAAAAUGGAUCAUCAUUGUCCAUGGGUUAACAAUUGUGUGGGGGAAAAUAAUCAAAAAUACUUUGUACUUUUUACUUUUUAUAUAGCGGGCAUAUCUCUACAAUCUCUAUUUUUGUGUAUACAACAAUUCACCACAUGUGUCAGACAAGAAUGGAGGGAAUGCUCCACAUUUAACCCGCCAGCGACGGUAGUGUUAUUAUUAUUUUUGGCAUUUGAAGCACUUUUAUUUGCCAUUUUUACUGCUGUGAUGUUAGGCACGCAACUACAAGCUAUUUGGAAUGAUGAAACUGGUAUAGAACAACUUAAAAAAGAGGAAGCUAGAUGGGUUCGUAAUAGUAGAUGGAAAUCAAUUCAGGCAGUUUUUGGAAGAUUUUCGAUAGCUUGGUUCUCCCCUUUUACCUCACCUCCUAAUGCAAAGACAAAACUAGAUUCAUAUCUAUAUUCUGUCUGAAUUAUAUAUUUUGAUACAUAUAACCAUGACUUAUAUAGAGGAAUAUUAGUGUACAUAAAUAAUAAUUAAUUUUAAUGGUCGUGUGUGAUUGAAAUACAGAUUGGUUCUAAAAAAUGAAGAAAAAUAUCAAAAAAGAAUUUUGAGCACACAUGUAUAUUUUAAUGAGUUUUUCCUUUUUAUGAUACUUUCUCAACAAAUGUGCUGAUACAUUUGUAAACAACAAUUGCAUUUUAU